AUGACAUGCAUUACAGUAUCAAAUCCUGUCGUGGUACCUGCCGUGGGAAAUGCUUUACCAGACGAUCCCUUCUGGCUCCAGGAGAUUAGGCAUCAAGGAUCAGCACCAUUCUCCUCCAGCCCGAGCACAUACAAAGUAUUUCGCAACGUCAAGGACUAUGGAGCUACUGGAAAUGGCAUUGCCGAUGAUACCGUUGCCAUCAACUCAGCGAUUUCAUCAGGCGGGCGCUGCGGUGGCGGUAAUUGCUCUUCGUCAACCACUACUCCAGCAGUGGUUUACUUUCCCUCUGGAACAUAUAUCGUGUCAGCCCCCAUCAUUGCGUAUUACUAUACCGUGAUUAUAGGGGAUGCCAGAAAGCCACCAACCAUCCGUGCUGCCCCAAACUUUGCGGGUAUUGCGGUUAUCGGCGGUAAUCAGUGGUAUGUCAAUCAGAAUAACUUCCAUCGUUCAGUGCGCAAUCUCGUGAUCGACCUUACGCAUAUGCCCGCUUCUGCUACCGCUACGGGCCUUCACUGGCAAGUAUCGCAAUGUACAUCACUAAUGAAUAUUGUGGUCGAAAUGUCCACCCAAAGCGGAAAUAUGCAUCAAGGAAUCUUUAUGGAAAAUGGAAGUGGUGGAUUUAUGGGAGAUAUGGUUUUUAAUGGGGGGCGUUUCGGUAUAUGGGUUGGAAAUCAACAGUUCACCGUUCGCAACAUCGUUGUAAAUAACGCAAGAACAGCCGUAUAUGGAAUGUGGAAUUGGGGAUGGACUUUUCAGGGAAUCACUAUCAACAACUGUCGGGUUGGGUUUGAUCUGGCAACCGGAGGUCGCUCAGCCAAUAAUCAGACUGUCGGUGCCGAAGCUAUCAUCGAUGCUGUCGUUACGAAUACUCCAAUAUUUGUACGCUGUUCUACUCUCAGUAAAAACAGACUGGCGGGAUCACUUGUCCUAAAUAAUAUCUCGCUCAAAAAUGUUCCUGUGGCCGUUGGCAUAGUUGGGGGUGCAAUUGUCCUUGCCGGAGGUACAAUGAUCAUCAGCUCCUGGGGCCAAGGUAAUAUCUACUCUGGAGGAAAUACCAACAGCACUUUCGUGCAGGGCAGUAUUCAUUCAGCAUACAAAGAUUCAAGUUUACUUGAUAGCUCCGGAAAGAUCUUUGGGAAAACUCAUCCACAGUACAUUGAUUAUUCUGCGGAUCAAUUUGUGAGUGUCAAGUCGCAUGGUGCAAAAGGUGAUGGAGUAUCGGACGACACAGAAAUUAUCAAUACUAUAUUUGCAGAGUAUUCCGGCCGUUACAUCAUCUUCUUCGACGCUGGUGUAUACAAGGUCACUUCAACCAUCAACAUUCCUCCAGGCAGCCGAGUUGUAGGUGAAGCUUGGUCCGUUAUCAUGGGCGGCGGCCCCUACUUCCAAGACCAACACGAUCCACACGUCGUCGUACAAGUCGGUAGUAAGGGAUCUGAAGGAAUCAUAGAAAUAACGGAUAUUGUUUUCGCGACCCGAGGUCCAGCUCCAGGGGCCAUCGUCGUGGAAUGGAACGUACACGAACCACUUGGUCAACACGGUGCAUGUGGAAUGUGGGAUACGGCGGGCACGAAUCUUGAGCUUGCGCAGUGUCCCAAAGGAGCGGUUAAUAGCAAUUGCUUUGCUGCGUUUCUUGCGCUCCAUCUGACUACUAAGUCGACGGCUUAUCUGGAGGGUACUUGGGUCUGGGUUGCAGAUCAUGACCUUGACGGCGAUGGCAGCUCUCAAUUAAACAUAUUUAGCGGACGAGGUAUCUUAUCUGAAUCCGCCGGCCCUGUUUGGAUGAUAGGCACAGCUGAGCAUCACGUUCUUUAUCAAUAUAGCUUAGUUGGAGCAAAAAACCAUUAUAUGGGACUGAUACAAACCGAAACUCCUUAUUUUCAACCGAAACCUGCUCCUCCUAUGCCCUUCGUUCGCAACCCACAAUAUCAUGACCCCCCUUUGGACCCCAAAAAGGAUAUGGCAUGGGCUUUAUGGGUGCAAUCAUCUGAAAAUAUCGUUAUUUUUGGGGCUGGGCUAUAUAGCUUUUUUAAGAACUAUAGCCAAGAUCGUUUAGCUAGUCAUUCUUGUCAAGAACACAUCGCCAAUAUUGACUCGACUUCAUCAGUUGUGGUGUAUAGCCUUUCGACUCUUGGAUCGAUAUAUCAGAUCAGUAUGAAUGGAAAAGGUGUUGCAAGAUGGGGUGAUAACGUCAACGGUUUUGCCUCCACAGUGACUCUCUGGAAACCAGUUUAA